GUUUCGUAGUCGUCUCUUCCUCAGCAUCAUCCACAAGCUUAUGACAAGUUAGCCGGCUGGUGGACUUGUGUGUGCUUCAUUGUUAGACAGUGUUGGAUAAAUAGAUUCAUUAGAAUAGCCUUGUCCAGGAUUCUGAGGCCGGUGGAGGAGAAAAAAUAAAGGUGACAACUGGACAGCUGGGAUGCUGCGACUGCAGGCAAAGGUUUCUAAACUCUGUAUAGGAGCAAGGAACCAACUGUUGUCAGAAGUAGGGGCCACACGCAAGCCCUGUCAUGGCUUCCGACUUCCAAAAGGGGUGGCGCCGUACUCGGCACAGAGUGCAGGUGCUGUGCAGAAGACUGAUGAACGGGUGAUUAAGAAACUGAUGGUGGCCAACAGAGGUGAGAUUGCCAUCCGUGUGUUCCGAGCAUGUACGGAGAUGAAUAUUCGCACUGUGGCAAUCUACUCGGAGCAGGACAUGAUGCACCUGCACCGACAGAAGGCUGAUGAAUCCUAUAUCGUAGGCAAGAGUUUGCCUCCUGUGGCUGCUUAUCUCAGUAUUCCUGACAUCAUCAGGAUAGCCAAGGAGAAUGAUGUAGAUGCCAUACAUCCUGGAUACGGCUUCUUAUCAGAAAGGUCCGACUUUGCACAGUCAAUAAUAAAUGAAGGGAUCAAGUUUGUUGGUCCGUCCCCAGAAGUGGUACGCAAGAUGGGGGACAAAGUUGAGGCCAGACAGGCGGCCAUUAGUGCAGGUGUACAGGUAGUGCCUGGGACUGAUAGUCCUGUACAGUCGGUAGAGGAAGCCCGGGAGUUCUGUAAGCAGUAUGGCCUGCCUGUCAUCUUCAAGGCUGCCUAUGGAGGAGGCGGAAGGGGAAUGAGAGUAGUCAAGAGUUUUGAUGAGGUGGAGGAGAAUUUUAAAAGAGCUUCCUCUGAAGCCGAGGCAGCCUUUGGAAAUGGUGCUCUGUUCCUAGAGAAAUUCAUUGAGCGCCCCAGACACAUAGAGCUUCAGAUCCUUGGUGACCGAGAAGGAAAUGUGGUUCAUUUGUAUGAGCGAGACUGCUCUGUCCAGCGACGUCACCAGAAGGUCGUGGAGAUAGCCCCUGCCCCUCACCUUUCUCCAACCAUCCGUGAUCAAAUGGCUGCUGAUGCUGUUGCAUUGGCUAAGCAUGUUGGCUAUGAGAAUGCCGGGACAGUGGAAUUCCUGUUGGAUAAUGAUGGAAAUUACUUCUUCAUUGAGGUCAAUGCCAGGCUUCAAGUGGAACAUACCGUCACAGAGGAGGUCACAGGAGUUGACCUGGUGCAGUCCCAGAUAAAGAUAGCAGAAGGUUACACCCUGCCAGAGCUUGGUCUUCAGCAGCAAGACAUCAACCUCCAUGGUUAUGCCAUCCAAUGUAGGAUGACAACAGAGGAUCCAGCCAAAAACUUCCAGCCAGACACUGGCCGCAUAGAGGUAUUCCGAAGUGGAGAGGGAAUGGGCAUACGCCUUGAUGGUGCUUUGGGAUUUGCUGGAGCUAUUAUCUCCCCUUACUAUGACUCUUUACUAGUGAAGGUGAUUGCCCACGCCUGGGAUCACCCAUCAGCUUGUGCCAAAAUGUUGAGAACUCUCCGCGAGUUCAGAAUCCGAGGUGUGAAGACAAACAUCCCGUUCCUGUUGAAUGUAGUACAGCAUCAGCAGUUCCUAUCAGGGUCUGUAGACACCUACUUCAUUGAUGAGAAUCCACAGCUCUUCUCCUUCGAACCGACACAGAACCGAGCCCAGAAACUGCUACACUACCUAGGACAGGUGAUGGUUAAUGGCCCACAGACUCCCCUGGCCACGCCACAGGUCCCCUCCGACAUCAUACCUUCUGUACCAGAGGUUCCCUUUGAAAGACGAGAUUUAAUGAAGUCACCACCUGCAGGAUGGAGAGAUGUUAUUCUGAAUGAAGGCCCUGAGGGAUUCGCUAAAAAGGUCAGGCAGCAUGAAGGUCUGUUGCUUAUGGAUACGACCUUCAGAGAUGCUCAUCAGUCUCUGUUGGCAACAAGGGUUAGAACUCAUGACCUCAAGAGGAUAUCCCCAUACGUUUCUCAUCGAUUACACAACCUUUACAGUUGUGAGAACUGGGGAGGUGCCACGUUUGAUGUAGCCAUGAGAUUUCUCCAUGAAUGCCCAUGGGACCGACUGGCAACCCUGCGAACGUUGAUCCCCAAUGUGCCGUUCCAGAUGUUACUUCGUGGGGCGAACGCUGUGGGUUAUACCAACUAUCCUGAUAAUGUGGUAUACAAAUUCUGUGACUUGGCUGUACAACAUGGAAUGGAUAUCUUCAGGAUCUUUGAUUCCCUUAACUACAUGCCAAACAUAAUUGUUGGGAUGGAGGCUGUUGGCAAGGCUGGUGGAGUAAUAGAAGCCUCCAUGUCCUAUACUGGUGAUGUAUCCGACCCCAGCAAAUCCAAGUACAACCUCCAAUACUACCUGGACAUGGCAGACCAACUUGUCAAGGCUGGUACACACAUCCUUGGUGUUAAGGACAUGGCCGGUCUACUGAAGCCUCAGGCAGCAACCAUGCUGAUUGGAGCACUGCGAGAACGUUUCCCUGAUAUUCCCAUCCAUGUCCACACACAUGACACAGCUGGAGCUGGCGUUGCGUCCAUGUUGGCUUGUGCCCAGGCCGGAGCAGACGUAGUAGAUGUAGCGGUGGACUCCAUGUCAGGAAUGACAUCCCAGCCUAGCAUGGGUGCCUUGGUAGCUGCCCUAGAGAGAACAAAGUUAGACACAGGUAUCAGUCUGUCUGAUGUGUCAAAUUACUCUGCUUACUGGGAACAAACCAGGAACUUGUAUGCUCCAUUUGAAUGCUGUGUUACAAUGAAGAGUGGAAAUUCUGACAUCUACAAUAAUGAAAUUCCAGGGGGCCAGUACACCAAUCUACAGUUCCAGUCUUAUAGUCUUGGUCUGGCUGACCAGUUUGAAGAAGUCAAGAAAACCUACUCUGUGGCUAACAGAUUGAUGGGAGAUAUCCCCAAGGUUACACCAUCCUCCAAAGUGGUCGGAGAUCUUGCACAGUUCAUGGUCCAGAACAAACUCACUGGAGAGAUGGUGGAGGAGAAAGCUGAUGAGUUGUCUUUCCCUGUCUCCGUCGUCGAGUACUUCCAGGGUUACCUAGGUGCCCCUCCUGGUGGAUACCCUGAGCCACUGAGAACAAAGAUCCUGAAGGACAAGGAGAGGAUUGAACACAGACCUGGGGAGUCAUUAUCUCCUAUUAACUUUGAUGACCUUAAGACAAGUUUGGUGGAGAAACAUGGCUAUGCUAUACGAGAUGUUGAUGUGAUCAGUUCUGCUCUUUACCCUAAAGUCACAGAUGAUUUCCUCGAGUUCCGCAAUAGAUAUGGCCCUGUGGAUUGUCUGGACACCAAAAUGUUCCUUGUUGGUCCCAAGAUGGCACAGGAAAUAGAGGUUGACAUAGAGAAAGGCAAGACCUUGUCCAUUAAGACUCUAGCUGUCGGAGAUCUCAACAAAUUUGGCCAAAGAGAGGUGUUCUUUGAGCUGAAUGGACAAUUGCGUUCUGUCAUUAUUACAGAUAAUGAGGCAACAAAGGAGCUAAGUGUCCAUCCUAAGGCCAAGAAGGGAGUAAAGGGCUCCAUCGGAGCGCCCAUGCCAGGGACUGUCCUUGAAGUGAAGGUCAAGGAGGGAGACAAGAUAUCCAAGGGCGACCCCAUUGUUGUCCUCUCAGCCAUGAAGAUGGAAAUGGUAGUCAAUGCACCUGCUGAUGGUGUAGUGAAAAGUGUGGCUGCAGAACUCAACAUGAAGUUGGAGGGAGAUGACCUCCUGUUAGAAAUGGAGUGUGAGAAAGAUUAGAGCACGAGUCUGAUAAUGUAAUCACCUGUUUAUCGUAUGUCGUCAUAGUAACUGUACAAAUGCUAAUUUCAUGUAAUGAGAUUUCUGUAGGACUGGUGUAUACUGCCAGUUUUGUUUAUCAUUUUCUCGUUUGUAAAACGUACAUAUAUUUAAGUAUACUAAUCAAGUGUUAAUCAAGUGUUGAUACAACAGAAAAUCUGUAAAGGUCACAGAGAUUUUAACGUGACCUUUUAUCAUCUGCUUCAUUCGGCAUUAUCAUACAUUUGUUAUCACUUUGGUUUGAUCAAGUAUUUCUCCUGAACAAAUCUAUGAAUUUCUACUAAACUUGGCAGGGACCAUAUUUAGGACAUGACAAUUUUAGAUUUAUCAAAUAAUGUGAUGCAGUCAUGUAGGGGUGUAACAUUUCUGUUAGCCUGUUACCAUAAGUUUCUCAGGACUACUGCUUAAAGUUCAGUGAAGCAUAUACACUUUUUAGUUUCGGUAUCUAUUACCAGGUAAUUAAUCAUUUGGCAGAGUUAUUUCCCUUUUUUGUGAAAGGUUGUUGUCCCCAUAGUGCGAAGAGACAAUUUCCAAAUUAGGAAAAAUAAGUAAUAAAUAUUAUUAAAAAGAAUAUAAGCCAUUUUCAUUGAAAUAUCCAGGUUAUAGUGAUGUAGACCUAACUGGGCCUCUCAUUAAAGGACAUCAGACAUUUUAUAUUUUGUUCUUGCCAGCAGUAGUCAUAUUUCAUAUCAUGUUCUGUUAAGGCCCAAAGACCUGUUCAUUUUAAUUCUGGAAAUCCAUGUUGUUCAUGCAUUGCAAUUUUAAAGAUAAUUUUCUAUUUUGCAUGAUAUUGUGUGUGAGUGAAAUAUUUCCUUAUCCAACAAACAUUCAUUGAUAUGAAAGUAUUUGACAGGUGUUUCAGGAUCAAACUGAUGACUCUUGGCUUGGGCACUUUUGUCAUAGUUUUAUGAAUUAUUUUUGAUAAUUAAACUAACAUAGAUUUAUUGUAAUAAAAAUUUGUUUCAAAACUAAUAUACAUCUAACACAUCUUCAGCAUGAUGUUUCUAAUUAUUGCGAUUCAUAAUUAUGCAGAUUCCCAAUUUUGCAAUCAUAAGAUGUAAGUUUUAAUUGGGAAAUUUAAAAAUGGAUUUAUAUUUUUAGUGACUGAUAUACAUGAAUGAAUUUGAAAAUUAAUUCAUUUGCAUUUACAUGGAAAAUAUAUACUUUUAUUUACAUUAUAUAAAGAACUCUGCCAUUCUACAUUAUUUGCUCAAACUACUGGCAUUUAUGUUUUUGUUUUUCUGCAUUAUUUUAUUAUGGUUAAAAUAAUCUGCUGCCUAUUUCAAUGUUCCUGUAUGCUUUAAAUGCGGUGGAGUUUGUCACCUUGAUUCUAAUGUAGGUGUAUGAUUUCCUAUAGAAAAUGCUGAUGAUGACCUCAGUAAUUGAGAAUCUAGUCGUAAUUGUUCCAGUAUCCCUGUAUUUGAAGUGUUUCUACUUACUGAGGUCUGUAUUUGAAAUGUUUCUACUGACUGAGGUCUGUAUUUGAAGUGUUUUUACUGUCAGACUGAGGUCUGUAUUUGAAGUGUUUCUACUGACUGAGGUCUGUAUUUGAAGUGUUUCUACUGACUGAGGUCUGUAUUUGAAGUGUUUCUACUUACUGAGGCCUGUAUUUGAAGUGUUUCUCCUGACUGAGGUCUGUAUUUGAAGUGUUUUUACUGACCGAGGAAUUUGAUGUGUCAACAGUCUGUUGCAGAAUUUCUUACAGCAAAAGUUUGAUAUUGUUUUUGUUUGAUUCCCUCAUAUUUCCGUUUGUUAUAUUUGCUUUAGAUACGAUCUUAUGUGUUCAUCUCAUGCAUUUAGAGCUAGGUACUUGAAAUCACAAAAAAUUUACAUCAUCUUGUACUUCUUUUUAAAAUAACUAUGGAUAAUAAGUCUAAAAUAUUAAGUAAAAUGGAUCAAAUUUAACAUGCAGAAUUUAUGUAGGCUAUUAUCAGACUUGCCAAAACCAUAUUUUUGAGUUCUAGCCAAAAAGAUUUACGGGUCACAUUUUGUCAUUAACAGUCUAUGAUGUAUACACCAGACAGUGUACAUAUUUCUGUCAUAAUUUACCAAUACUAGUAAUUACAAUAUGCAGUAGUAGUAUAAGUAUUUACAUAUCAUUAUAUAAUCAUGAUUAUAAUAUAGUACUGCUGUGAUUUAUUGAUCCGAAGAAUCUUCGUUUACACCAGGUCUGUUCUAUGGACAUGUAAAUCUGAUAUUGUUAUUGAAUUAGCGGUUUAAUGAUAUCAAUAUGUACCAAAAAAGGAGCUGCUUUUACCAUAAUAUUAAUGAGAGGGGAUUGACCUUUAAUAAGAGUGGCCGAGUGGUUAAGGUGUCCCGACACUUUAUCACUAGCCCUCCACCUCUGGGUUGCAAGUUCAAAACCUACGUGGGGCAGUUGCCAGGUACUGAUUGUAGGCCGGUACUCUGGCUUUCCUCCACCUCCUAAACCAGGCACGUCCUUAAAUAACCCUGGCUGUUAAUAGGACGUUAAACAAAAACAAACAAACAAAAAUUUACUGAUAAUACAUUGAGGGGAUAAAGACGUGUCCUUGGUAAUUCUGAAUUGGUUGGGGGUUGUUUUUGGUAUUAACUACACAUUGGUUGGGGAUAAUGUCACGUGGCAAUGGUUUUAUAUAAUCUUAUUGAUUGAUGGGGUUCAGUUGGGAUGGUUGGGUAUUCAUUAUGUAAGGUUGGUGGGGUUGUGGGUGUGAGAAUGGGUUCAUUGGGAGGUGCUUCUAGUGAUUAUAAAUUGGCUCGGAUCUGGUUUUGUUUAUGUUAGAACAGAAUACCUGUUUAACUGAACAAAUGCAUAAUAUAUAAUUUAUCAUAAGUGCUUAUUGAAAUUACGCAUUGUUUGUUGGAGGAAAAGAUGAUUGUUGGUAGGGUGGUAUUUUUGUUAAUUAUAUUAAUAGAUAUUUUUCUUUACGCUGAAAAAUCAUCAGAAUCAUUCUAUAAUUUUGAAAUUACAUGUUUAAAGAAAAGCAAUAUUUCUUAUCUGAAAAAUAAAUAUUUUGUAUAAUAUACAAAUGCAUAAUAUCUUAAAUGAAAAGACAACUUUAUUAUAACCUUUGUCAAAGAGAAUGUCAUGCCUGUUAUACUUUCUAUCUGUUAUCAUACACACUAAAUGUGACAGGGUGUAUGCGAUUCUGAUAUUACAGUGAUAAUUAAUCGCUUACAUAGAAAGCAGAAUAAUCCGUCACAAAAAAUAAACAGAAUGGCCAUCAUAUAUACUGUAACUCCAUAUAAUGCCUUUUUGAUUACCUAAAACAGCUGUUUUAGUCAUAGCAUGUCAUAUUAUACCGUAUUUUAUGGGGUAUAAGCCCAGAUGUUUAAAUAAAUAUGUUCAAAUUGCUAACACUUGAUAAAAAUAUGUUCAAAUUACAAUGUUAAACAAAACAUUCCAUCUACAUAUGAACAAAUUCUGUAAAAUGUGAAUUAUUUACAAUUGAUAUAUUCUGACAUUCAACCUACUGUAUCAUGAUGCUGUAAAUCAAAUCAAAUUAGUGGUUUCUUAUCCACAUUGUACUUACAUAUAUGUACCUGUUUGCUGGAUGUUGUUUAACAGCCCGUUGACAACCAGGACCACUUUGGGCACAAUUGUAAUUAUUGAUAAACAUUUCAUCUUGUGAAACAGUAAUUAAUAUUUAUAAUUUGUGUAAGUUAUCUGAUAUUUAUUAGAUUUCUAUAUUUAUGAAAUGCUUACAAAAAGAUUUGAUGCAAAAAUACAUCUCACUUAAUGUGAUAAGUUUACACUUAGAGUUAAACUGUUGUAUUAUGCCAUUUUUAUCGGUAUAGAACAGUGCUUUAGAUAUGUGUUCAUUGGAUUUUCUUAAAACAGGAUGUUGACUUGACAAGUGUGUUUUCCCACUAUUAUUAUCUGUAUACCUUGUAUAUUCAUAUACAUAAUAUAUAAUAUAGUCUUUGAAGUAUAUAAUAACCAGUACAAGUCAUAGGAUCUUGUAAAGUUGAUAUUAUUCAGAUUUUGAAGUCAGAAUAAAUUAAAUAUAUUAAAAUACGACUUCCAUUUUAAAUGUCUUUUUUUUUUUAAUUAGGUUAUUUUCUUUAUAAAUUGGCAUUAACACUUAACAGUGUAUAUUGAGUUUACUGUAGUAUUCCAUCCAAUAUUGACCCAUGUUGGUUUAACUAAUUUUAUAAUCUCUUUAUAUAUAUAUAUUUAUAUAUACAGGAUCCAGUACCUAUAUUGGUUUAUACCGUCGUUAUUACUUACUAGACCCUAUAUAUUUAUAUAUAUAUAUAUAUAUAUAUCAGAUUUAUCUGUAAAUAUUUAUUAAUGUGGGAGAAAUUAAUCAUGAUUAGUUUUGUCUGAAGACAGUAUAAUUCUUACAUGUCAAACUGUACCUGGUGUUAUUGUGUUGACUGGUUGACAGAAAGGGACUCAAUAGGGACCUAGAUUACAUCCUUUUUUUAUCGCUGAUGUUGUGUUGCCAGUGUAUUGUUUGAUUUUUAAUUGUGAUUGAAGCUGUAUGUGUAAAGACAUUAUGAAACUGGUAAGUAGAUCAAAAUAAACCUUGAAAUGAC